CGGGCGGCGGCGCCCUCUGUGAGGCGGCGGCGGACGAGCGGCGGCGGCGGGCAUCCAUGUCGGCGGGCAGGGAUUAGCGCGGCGGGCACCCAGCCGAGCGGAGGGGGCGGCCGGCCCGUCGCCCCCUUCCCGCGGGGUCUCCGGCGGGAGCGAGCCGUACCCGGCUGGCGGGGGCGGGUGGACAUGGCUGACCGGAGCGCGCCGAGCUGCCACCUGCGGCUGGAGUGGGUCUACGGCUACCGGGGUCAUCAGUGCCGCAACAACCUCUACUACACGGCCGCCAAAGAGAUCGUCUACUUCGUGGCGGGGGUCGGCGUGGUCUACAGCCCCCGGGAGCACCGGCAGAAAUUCUACCUGGGGCACCAGGACGACAUCAUCAGCCUUGCUUUGCACCCUGAACGUGUGUUGGUGGCAACAGGUCAAGUUGGGAAGGAACCAUACAUCUGUGUGUGGGAUUCAUACACUGUGCAAACUGUAUCUGUCCUGAAAGAUGUUCACACACAUGGCAUAGCUUGCUUGGCCUUUGAUUUAGAUGGUCAGCGUUUGGUCUCGGUUGGUUUGGAUUCGAAAAACACAGUUUGUGUAUGGGACUGGAGAAAAGGAAAAUUGUUAUCAAUGGCUCCUGGUCAUACAGACAGAAUAUUUGAUAUUUCUUGGGAUUUAUACCAGCCAAACAAGCUCGUCAGCUGUGGUGUAAAACACAUCAAGUUCUGGAGCUUGUGUGGCAAUUCCUUGACACCAAAACGUGGUGUCUUUGGCAAGACCGGUGAUCUCCAGACCAUCCUGUGCCUGGCCUGUGCAAGGGACGAGGUGACGUAUUCGGGUGCCCUGAAUGGAGAUAUUUAUGUGUGGAAGGGAAUCAACCUCGUCAGGACAAUACAGGGAGCCCAUGCUGCAGGAAUUUUCAGCAUGAAUGCAUGUGAAGAGGGGUUUGCCACUGGUGGCAGGGAUGGCUGUGUCCGCUUGUGGGACUUAAAUUUUAAACCAAUUACUGUGAUUGAUCUCAGGGAAACAGACCAGGGGUAUAAAGGUCUCUCUGUGAGAAGUGUUUGCUGGAGAGGAGACCAUAUACUCGUUGGGACACAAGAUAGUGAAAUUUUUGAAAUAGUGGUGCAUGAGCGUAACAAGCCUUUCCUGCUAAUGCAGGGGCACUGUGAAGGGGAGCUCUGGGCUUUGGCCGUCCACCCUACAAAACCCCUGGCCAUGACUGGAAGCGAUGAUCGAUCAGUCAGAAUCUGGAGUUUAAUAGACCACGCUCUGAUUGCCCGGUGCAACAUGGAGGAGCCCAUUCGCUGUGCCGCUGUCAGCACCGAUGGAAUCCAUCUUGCCCUUGGCAUGAAGGAUGGCUCUUUCACUGUGCUCAGAGUCAGAGAUAUGACUGAAGUUGUUCAUAUCAAAGACAGGAAAGAAGCUAUUCAUGAACUCAAAUAUUCUCCAGAUGGGAAUUUCCUAGCUGUUGGCUCCAAUGACAGCUCUGUGGAUAUAUAUGGUGUUGUUCAGCGAUAUAAGAAAGUUGGGGAGUGUAUUGGAUCCUUAAGCUUCAUCACACAUAUGGAUUGGUCUUCAGACAGUAAAUACUUACAGACCAAUGAUGGCAAUGGAAGAAGACUUUUUUACAGAAUGCCUGGUGGAAAAGAAGUAACAAACAAGGAGGAAUUGAAAGGCAUUCAGUGGGCAUCAUGGACCUGUGUUUCUGGCCUUGAAGUUAAUGGAAUCUGGCCCAAAUAUUCAGAUAUAAAUGAUAUAAAUUCUGUGGAUGCGAAUUUUAUUGGUCAAGUUAUGGUUACAGCUGAUGAUUAUGGAAUAGUAAAGCUCUUUCGGUACCCAUGUCUAAGAAAAGGAGCAAAGUUUAAAAAAUAUCUUGGUCAUUCUGCUCACGUGACGAACGUCAGAUGGUCGCACGAUCACCAGUGGGUUGUCUCCAUCGGGGGAGCUGACCACUCUGUCUUUCAGUGGAAGUUUGUCCCCGACCGCAAGCUGAAGGACAAUCUUCAUAUAGCACCUCAAGAGAGUCUGGUUGAUUCUAAUAGUGAUGAAUCAGAUUCAGAUCAGUCUGAUGUUCCAGAGCUGGACUCUGAAAUUGAGCAAGAGACACAGAUCACCUAUCGUCGACAGGUUUACAAAGAAGAUCUACCUCAACUUAAAGAGCAAUGCAAAGAAAAAAGAAAAAGUGCAGCUUCUAAGAGACGUGAGCGAGCCCCAGGGAACAGUAUAAGACUGCAUUUUGUUCAUGGUUACAGGGGUUACGACUGCCGGAGCAACCUGUUCUACACGCAGACAGGCGAGAUCGUGUACCACGUGGCGGCCGUGGGGGUGGUGUACAACCGGCAGCAGAACACGCAGCGCUUCUACCUGGGCCACGACGACGACAUCCUCUGCCUUGCCAUCCAUCCCCUGAAGGACUACGUGGCAACAGGCCAGGUUGGUCGAGAUUCCUCGAUACACAUUUGGGAUACAGAAACAAUAAAGCCACUCUCAGUAUUAAAGGGCUAUCACCAGUAUGGUGUUUGUGCUGUUGAUUUUUCAGCGGAUGGGAAACGAUUGGCUUCUGUUGGAAUAGAUGAUAAUCACACUAUUGUACUCUGGGAUUGGAAGAAAGGAGAAAAGCUUUCAGCAGUAAGGGGAAGCAAAGAUAAGAUUUUUGUUGUUAAGAUUAAUCCUUACAUGCCUGAUAAAUUGAUUACAGUUGGAAUUAAACACAUGAAAUUCUGGCGGAGAGCAGGAGGAGGACUAAUUGGGAGAAAGGGCUGCAUAGGUGCAUUGGGAAGAACUGACACAAUGAUGUGUGCAGUGUAUGGCUGGACAGAAGAGAUGGCGUUCUCUGGAACCUCCACGGGGGAUGUGUGUAUUUGGAGAGAUGUGUUUCUCAUAAAAACUGUCAAAGCACAUGAUGGUCCUGUGUUCAGCAUGCACGCAUUGGAAAAAGGAUUUGUCACUGGAGGAAAGGAUGGGGUGGUGGCUCUCUGGGAUGAUACCUUUGAACGCUGUCUCAAAACCUAUGCCAUCAAAAGGGCUGCUCUGGCUCCUGGAUCCAAAGGUCUCCUCUUAGAAGAUAAUCCUUCUAUACGUGCCAUAUCGUUAGGACAUGGUCAUAUUCUAGUGGGCACAAAGAAUGGUGAAAUAUUGGAGGUAGAUAAGAGUGGACCAAUAACUCUGCUGGUUCAGGGUCACAUGGAGGGGGAAGUUUGGGGUCUAGCUACUCAUCCUCAUUUACCUAUUUGUGCCACUGUAAGUGAUGACAAAACCUUAAGAAUAUGGGAUUUAUCUCCUAGCCAUUGUAUGUUAGCUGUUCGCAAAUUGAAAAAGGGAGGCAGAUGUUGCUGCUUUUCUCCUGAUGGAAAAGCAUUAGCUGUUGGUCUCAAUGAUGGAAGUUUUUUGAUAGUUAAUGCAGAUACCCUGGAGGAUUUGGUCUCUUUCCAGCAUAGGAAAGAUGUUAUUUCAGAAAUCAGAUUUUCUCCUGGGGCUGGAAAGUACUUAGCUGUGGCAUCCUGUGACAACUUUGUAGAUAUUUACAAUGUAAUGAGCAGUAAGAGAGUAGGAAUCUGCAAGGGAGCUUCCAGCUAUAUCACACACAUGGACUGGGACAUAAGAGGGAAACUUUUGCAAGUCAACACUGGUGCUAAAGAGCAGCUGUUUUUUGAAGCCCCUCGGGGGAAAAAGCAGACUAUCCCGAGUUUGGAGGUAGAAAAGAUUGGCUGGGCAUCAUGGACAAGUGUUUUGGGCUCUUGCUGUGAAGGGAUCUGGCCAAUAAUUGGUGAAGUCACAGAUGUAACUGCUUCAUGCCUCACUAGUGACAGUAAAGUAUUAGCCACAGGAGAUGAUUUUGGAUUUGUGAAACUGUUUCGAUACCCUGCUAAAGGAAAGUUUGGAAAAUUUAAGCGGUAUGUUGCUCACAGCACCCAUGUGACAAAUGUGCGCUGGACCUACGACGACAGCUUGUUGGUCACUGUGGGGGGAGCUGACACCUCCCUGAUGCUGUGGACUUACGAGAUGGAAGGACAUCGGGACAGCAGGCAGUGUGACAGUGAGGAGUCUGAUCUGGAUUCUGAAGAAGAUGGAGGUUAUGACAGUGAUGUGACAAGGGAAAAUGAAAUUAAUUACACCAUCAAAGCCUUAUCAACAAACAUUAGACCAAUGUUUGGAAUUAAGCCUCAUCUGCAACAAAAGGAGCCAACGUUAGAUGAAAGACCUCCAGUUAGUAGGGCAUUGCCGCAGCCGGAGAAACUGCAGACAAACAAUGUGGGGAAAAAAAAGAGACCCAUAGAGGACCUAAUUUUGGAGCUGGUGUUUGGGUACCGAGGCAAGGACUGCAGAAACAACGUGCACUAUUUGAAUGAUGGUGCUGAUGUAAUUUAUCACACUGCAUCUGUUGGCAUCUUGUAUAAUGUGGCAACAGGCUCUCAGUCAUUUUACCAGGAACACAAUGAUGAUAUUUUGUGCCUCACUGUGAAUCAGCACCCCAAGUUUACCAACAUAGUGGCAACUGGCCAAGUAGGAGACUCAGCAGAUAUGUCAGCUACAGCUCCUUCUAUUCACGUGUGGGAUGCAAUGAACAAGCAGACGCUGUCGGUGCUGCGGUGCUACCAUUCCAAGGGCGUUUGCUCCGUCAGCUUCAGUGCCACUGGCAAACUGCUGCUGUCCGUAGGGCUGGAUCCUGAACACACCAUUACCAUUUGGAAGUGGCAGGAAGGUGCCAAAAUUGCCAGCCGAGCUGGUCAUAACCAGCGUAUAUUUGUAGCAGAAUUCAGGCCAGAUUCAGAUACACAGUUUGUUUCUGUGGGAGUUAAACAUGUAAGGUUCUGGACACUGGCUGGAAGAGCUCUCCUCAGUAAAAAAGGGCUGCUGAGCUCCAUAGAAGAUGCCCGCAUGCAGACCAUGCUGUCUGUAGCUUUUGGAGCGAAUAACUUGACAUUUACAGGUACUAUCAGUGGAGAUGUUUGUGUUUGGAAGGAUCAUGUGUUGAUACGAAUUGUGGCCAAGGCUCACAACGGCCCUGUGUUCACCAUGUACACCACACUAAGGGAUGGCUUGAUUGUUACAGGAGGCAAGGAAAGGCCCUCAAAGGAAGGAGGAGCAGUCAAGCUGUGGGACCAGGAGCUGAAAAGAUGUCGUGCCUUCAGACUAGAGACAGGACAAAUGACAGACUGCGUUCGCUCUGUUUGCAGGGGCAAGGGCAAAAUUCUUGUUGGGACAAGAAAUGCUGAAAUAAUUGAAGUUGGAGAGAAAAAUGCUGCAUGUAACAUUCUAAUUAAUGGUCAUAUGGAUGGACCCAUCUGGGGCCUAGCAACACAUCCAUCCAGAGACUUUUUCCUUUCUGCUGCAGAAGAUGGCACAGUGAGACUCUGGGAUAUUGCUGAAAAGAAGAUGCUGAACAAAGUCAGCUUAGGACAUGCAGCUCGUACUGUUUGUUACAGCCCAGAAGGUGAUAUGGUAGCUAUUGGCAUGAAAAAUGGAGAAUUUAUUAUCCUGCUUGUGACCUCUCUAAAAAUUUGGGGGAAGAAAAGGGACAGAAGAUCAGCAAUUCAAGAUAUCAGGUUUAGCCCAGAUUCUCGUUACCUGGCAGUUGGUUCCAGUGAGAAUGCAGUGGAUUUUUAUGAUCUGACCUUGGGUCCCACACUAAAUCGAAUCAGCUAUUGCAAAGAUAUCCCAAGUUUUGUGAUCCAGAUGGACUUCUCUGCUGAUAGCUCUUAUCUCCAGGUCUCUACGGGGUCGUACAAAAGGCAAGUGUAUGAAGUGCCUUCAGGAAAGCAGCUCGUGGACCAGGCUGUGAUUGAUAGAAUAACAUGGGCUACUUGGACAAGUGUUCUAGGGGAUGAAGUAAUUGGAAUCUGGUCCAGGCAUGCUGAAAAAGCUGAUGUGAACUGUGCUUGUGUCUCUCACUCGGGAAUCAACCUCGUAACAGGCGAUGAUUUUGGCAUGGUCAAACUGUUUGACUUUCCAUGUCCUGAAAAAUUUGCAAAACACAAACGAUUUUUAGGUCACUCUGCCCACUUAACGAAUAUUCGAUUCACAAGUGGAGACAGAUACGUGGUCAGUGCUGGAGGGGACGACUGCAGCUUAUUUGUUUGGAAGUGUGUGCAUAUGCCUCAUUGAGAGAGACAUGGAGACUUGCAAAGAGGAAACUGCAUGAAGUACCAGGCAUGAAACACCCAGGAUUGCAAUGCGACAUUCUGCUGUGCCCUGCAUGCGUAAGAAACGACCCGAGACACAGAGCAGUCUGUCUCUGACAGACGGGACCUGGAGUCUGCCAGAAGGAUGGACACACUGAGGCUGCUAGUUUUGCUUCAGUGUCAGAAAAUCUGGGUUUGUAUUCCACUCACUGCCAGAUGUUGAAAACAAAAUAUGUGGAUGAAAGGAAAAAGUGAAUUGUUAAUCAAUGUACAGUUUCACAGCAAGUUCUUGGGGUUUUAAUCAAGAGAUGCUAUUUCUGACCUAGUGCUGUACAUUGAUCUAUUUUCAGCAUGAAUGUUUUUCCUUUAAGUUUUGAGAUCUAAAUAGCAUAGAUAAAAAGAGUAUUCCAUAUUUUAUUACAGAGAGAGACCAUAUAUUAACUCUUAAAUAUAUAGUAUUUUAAUAAAUGCUUAAUUAUUAUAAUAGAAAUUAUAUUUCUAUGGCUGGUCAAAGGGAAACAUCAUAUCUGAUGAAGCAGAAAAUAAUAGAGUUGAUUCCUUGUGACUGAAAUAUUUCUGUAUUUAGAGGCCUGGGUCACAGUCAUGUCUGGUGAAAGCCAUUGGAUAUGCAUGAUCUUCAUGGCUAAUUUAGUGUUUUUGUUGCACUUAAACAUUAAAUUAGUUCUAUGAGCAAAAAUAGAUUUGCUCACUUUGCGAGUGCCUUGCCCACUACCUAAAAGUCUAACUCCAAUUUUUGCCUUGUGAAUAAAAGUAUUCUCAGUGGAAGAGAGAUUAUUGCUGUGUUACUUGACUGGGCUGUGAGCCUCUCUGCUGGAAAUGAGGACCAGGGUGAGGAUUUUGUAGUCUUCUUGUCGAUAAAGUUUGGGAUGUCAGCAGUGGCAAAAAUAGAAUUUCAGAGCAAUAUGAAUUGAUUUUAUUUUCUCAGCAUCAUAAGGGAGAUUCAGAGAGAACUUUCUGAGCAUUAUAUUUUAUACAUUUGAACUUUUAAUAGAGUUGGGACUAGCUGGGAGAUGUCUCUAUUCAGAUUUCUCUUCUGACUGUGAAAAUGUCCAAUCAUCUGCUUCUUUGAAUGGACCUGCUGUCACCUCGAGCAUUUAUUCUAUCCUGCAACAUAACUGAGAUUCUAAGUUGGAAAAACAUUUCAGUGAUAAUAAAUUCCUGAACAAAGCUGUGUUUUGGUACAAGUGAGGAAGGUUUCAUCAGCUGUUUGUCUAAAUCAUGCCAUAGAGAAACAUUACAGAUUAAUUUUCAUGCAAUAUAGCAGGGAUCAAAAAUCACUAAUUAUCAGCACUGCUUCCAUUGUGGCAUUCUGCUGUGCACAGAAAGCUAACUUUCUGUGUAAGCCAGCAUUGCUUUGACAGUGGCACUUGUUUAGGUCAGUCAAGAGGCUUUGGUGUUUUUUCAUCUCUUGCAUUUUCUUAUGCCAGAUGAAAAAGAAUUAAACCUCAUUUCUUCUUGUAAUCAUCUUGUGUGCGUGUUGGUUACAGAAGGAAUGGGAGGGCUUGCAGGUAGAAGAGAAGGAGGAGAAAAGUUACAGAGCCAAACUUUUGUGCUCUCCUUGUUAUGUGCUAUACAAAACUAGUUACCCAACUGUCUUAGCUAAUAUAUUUUAUAUAUCAAUCUAUAGUGAGUAUUUAUUUUAAAGAAGUUGAUGAACUAAACAGUUAUCAGGUUUCUCAGCAUGCUGGUUCUUAGCAAAGUCUUGCCAGUCAUGCAGCUGCUAUUCAACAGGAGCAAAAACUCUGAGGAUUUGGUCAUGAGUGUACAGGGAGAUUUUGGCAGUAAUGUUUUUGAGUUUAGGGGAAUUGCAUAUGAGAAUUGUGAUUAGACCUGAUGUGUCUCAUAACCUUGUUUCCUGUCUGUCUGUUGUAUGUGAAAAUUAGUCUCUGGUGUUUAUAUCUUCUCUUUACUAGGGAAAUGGUUUGCAGUGUGCUCUUUUAUGGCUGUGAUUCUAUCCCUUAUUAAACACAUCUGUGCAGGACUUUCGCACCUAAAGUAAGAUUUGUCCUGCCUCUAUUUUCAAGUUGCCUUUUGUUGGAUCAAGAUGGAUGACUUUCAAGAGCUCACUCAUAGUCUGUCCUACUCAGACUGCCAGAUCAAAGUUCAUAUUUUUCUGUCUCUGAGUUUUCCCCACAAAACCCUAGGCUCUGCGAGCUCUUCUGUAGGCCUUCCCCCAGUGAAGGAGGUGUGUGGAUCAAGUGGGUUUGUUCCUCCAAUCCCUGUCACUGAUCCUCUUCUCCUCCCACCCCCUAUGCCCUUCAUGAAUGCUGUGCCUCUCCACUGAUAAUUUGUCCAUUGGUGCUUUUCCCCUGAGGAAUCCCAAAGGCCACACCAGAGCUGCAGAUGAGCAGAAAGGGUGGGAGGGACUGGGCUGAGGGCUGCAGCCUCCAGGUCUCCCUGCUUCACUCUCCUCCAAACCUCACCGCUGCUCUAAAGGGCUGGCACGGGAGCUGGAAGCUGAGGACCUCUUUAAAAACUGAACUGCCAGCAUUGUUCCUCCUGCAGCCUGCAUUGGUAGCCAGUGUUUUCCCUGGUGAAACUGCUCUGUGGUUUGCCAGGUAAAAAUGGGGGCAGCCAGCUGGGAAUGGUCACAAAUGCUGAGGAGAGUGAGCAGAGCCUCAGUCGCAGUUUGGAGCAUAAUGUAGCUGUGAUUCUCUGCUGAAGGGAAGGGCUGGCUGUCAGCAUGGCCCAAGCUGGCAGCUUUGUGGUGUUUUUGGUCUUUUUGUCUGUGAUGGUGCUUGCUACUGUGCCUCAUUUGCUGUUUACAUUAAAUGCUACUGUAGUAACUCGCUAAUUGUUGCCACCCGUGCUUGAAGCAUGUGUACAUGGGGACAGGCACUGGAGCUCGAGGCUGGAUGCUCCACUGAGAAGUCAUAGGAGGACAGAACCCUGUAGGAUAGGUCAGGGAAGAAGCUGGAAUGUGGAGGCACCAGUGACUGCCUUUCAUGUGGAAGCAUCAGAGAGAACUGAGAGCAGGAGGGCUUUGCCUGAAGCUGGAGAAAACCUCUUCUGCACCAGGGAAGGGGAAGCAAAAGGUCUUUGUAUAAUUUAAUAACUUACAGUGGAUGAUUUUUUACUGUAGCUUGUCUUUUUGGUUAGUAGCAAACGUACAUCUUUGGGAUCUUUAGUCAGCAAUAUUUUUGGUAAUAAAAGAAAUUAACUGGCUAACUGAGUAAAAAUAACAUUUCAGUUAAUAAAAUAAUUAUUCACUUAGAGCUAAUAAACAUAAUUAGAAAAAAAAAAAGAGAAUAAGGAAAAUCCAGCUCCUAGGAGCAAAGAAAUAUAAAAAAUAAACACAUUUAGAACUGAAAGUUGCCAUAGUGCAAUCAGGUUAAUGCUAACCUGCACUUGUGCCAUCAGAAAGCAGGUCCAGCAGGUGGAACAUCUCCUCAGUCUAAAACAAGACCAAAACAAAGGACUUCAGUACCAGGAGCAGGAGUUGGAUAGCAUUCAGGAGUGGCUUAGUUUAAAACCAUGAUCCAGUUCUCUCAGCUGCUGCCUGAAGCACCUGAGCCCACAGUUUGAGCUGAAGGAAAGUUUGCCAAGAGCCCCAGCACCCCUGAGCCGCCCUGAGCAUGGCCAUGCACCCCUCCCCUGCCUUGGGGUCCCACCCAGCCAGGGCUGGAUGUGCUGGGCAAGGUGUAAGAGUGUCACAGCAAAGGAUCUUGGCUUCGAAUACAGCAUUUAAUUGGGCAAGGUGGCACAUUCCCUGUUUCAUUGUCAGUGUCAGUGACCAGCCUUAAUCCUGAAAGUGUUUUUUUUUUUUAAUAAUUCUGUUAACAUAAGCUAUAGAGAAGUCAUCUUGUCAAUGUUUUGGACAAAGAGGAGCAUCCUGUAGACCCUACAGAAGGGGAAGUAAGACUGCAAGUCACAAAAUGAAUUGCCACAUCAGUGAUGUAACACCCCUAGUUGCAUUGCAUUUGUGUGCUUUUUUGUUCUGAGUGGGUUUUUUAUGCUUCCUUGCAACUGGCUCUGUUUUUCUAAAAUUUUUAGCAGCAUUUGAUUUCUCCUCAUGUGGAUAGGUCCAUGUGCUUGCCAAAGCCUGCUGUCAUUCUUCAUGCCAUUCACUGUUGGGUGAUUACACCAAGCCCAUUUAUUUUGUUGGUCCUUCCUUCUGCUCUUCACUUAGCUUUGACUUCAGACUUAAACUCUAGAUAUCUCCUUUUAGAAAUACAAACAGAAUAGUUUUAGGUGUCUAAUAUGCAUAAAAGCCACAAUAAGCUUCCUUGCCAAAAUCAUUUGCAUCUAAGAAGUAUUAGAUGGUUUUCUCAGUUAUUUGAUGCUAGAACAGGUGAACAAUCACCAUACUUUUCUCAGUUUACUAUCAGUAAACCUGUCACAACCUUGAUACCUUGAUCUGGUUUUUUGGUUAAGUGUGAAAUCAGCAAUCCAACUCAUUCACUACUUCUUUGAAAAGGAAGUGGAAAAAAGCACGGAAUGUGUGUUCUCUUCUCCACCCUUCUGUUUAAAACAAAACAACAAUAGGCAAAAGGUCUUAGCAUGACGACAGUCGGAAAUUCUUCUAAUUUCCAUAAUGCUUAUAAUUUCCUCUGCUUUUGGGAAUUAUGGAAUAUAGGGUGGAAGAAGCAGUAACAGGAAACCAGCAAGCAAACAUGGAGAAAAGGCAGAAGAAAGGAAAGCAGAGAAAGGAACACUCAAAAAUAGGCAAAGGCAAAAGACGGAAGAAGUGACAUAGGUGGUGGUGAGUGGCAAACAUCUUGUUUCAGGUGGGAAGCAUCCAGUGGCUGCUUGGGAAGUGUAAGGGCUGGAGAGCAGCAGAGUGCUCAGGAAAAGGCUGCAGGGAGUUUUGGUUGCUCUGUUUUUGGGAAGAUGCAGCCACUCCCACUCCCUUACCUGUGGGAUGCCUGUUCAGAGCUGAGGUGCAGCAGCAAAGCACGAGUUACCCACAGCUGCAGUGGAUACAGUGGAACAAAGAAAGUGCUGUAAAGACAGAAGUGCUCUGUAGUACUGAGAGCUCAGGCAAAAGAGUUGAAGGAUGUAUUUUAAAAGGCUACUUAUCUUUCUACCUAAACCAAACCUGGAUUGUUUUAAUAGGCCUCUUCUGGAAAUGUUAUUCAAACAAAAAAUAUUAAACCAAAGAAACAUUAUACUUCAGAAAACUCUUCUUAACCAAGCUGUUGCAAUUACUGCCUCUCAUUUCUUUCCUAUUCAGCAGUUCUUGAUUCAGUUCCCAGGCAUUCACAACAUUUCAGAUGACAGACAUGAAAGCUGUGGGCUCUACAUUUAACUCAAGGAGUGACAGCACGGAGGAAUCUGCAGAGGGUGGUUCAGAUCCUACCUGAGCCAAAUUUUCCUUCAGUGGUUCCAUGCCAUGGGCAUUCAAAUAUAGAGGUAGUCAGGUGAAUGUAAUUAGACCCAACAAAUACAUCUGAGUAAAUAAAUCAGUAUAUAUCAGAGAAAUAAAUCAGUACAAAGUUUUUUAUUUUAUCCCAUAGUAAACCAUUAUUAAAAAGGGAAAUGAUUAUGGUAACUUUCAUGGAAAAAUCCAAGCCCAUUAUAGGUGCUGGUUAGACAACUGGGCUUAUAGCAACUCUUUGUAAGAAACACAAAAUUUGUGCAUGAAUAGUAGGACUGAUCCUUCUCCACUUGCAAGAGGGCAGUUGUGUUUGGGACAUGAGAGGCAGGAUGUUCCUAUUGCUUGGUAUGUUUGGGUUUCUCUUCCAGAAGCCAUCGUAGGUGUUUCCUUUGUUUCUAUUGCUGUUUGUGGGAUACCUUCAAGACCCUACAAAGUGAUUUUGCCCUUUGCAGCACAUAUCUUGCCUAGUUUGGGCAGUGAUGUCAUGUGAGAGCUUAUUGAAAAACAGAAAGAAACCAAAACCUCAAAUGUUUUUUGUUUUAUAAUGCUAUCCCCCAAAGUAUUGUCAUGUUGCAGUGAUGUGAUCUGUAUGACUCGCACUGUUUGUAAAGGAAAGCAGCUUGUAUCCACCUAACUACUAAGUGGCACCCACAUAAUGGGUGUGUGAAACCAGAGGAUUAAGGCCAGUUGUGCUUUAGCAGUUCUCUAAGAUGAAGGGACAAUUGCCACUGUCCCAUUGUGUGUGGUGCUCAUAAAGCUGGUGCUGCCUCCAGCUGCUCUCAGUGGGGCUGAGGAAGAAGAUGAGGUCGUAAGAAUAAAAUGUAAAUUGUUUUAACUAAGCAUUGCAUUGGUGGGUUCUGAAAAAGGGCUGUAGUAGAGGGGUAUUUUAGUUUCAGUCCUCUGCAGGAUUGUAAGCCUUUAGGGUAAAAAAGGACAUGUUUAUGUAAUAUCCUCCAUUAUUCCUUCACUAGCUUUGGCUCUUACUACUCUGCCUCCUUCCCACAGAAGCCCCUGUCCCAGCUCCCCCCUCCCAGCCACCAAAUAAGUUUAAUUUUCCAAUGUAGUGGCUGAGAAGGCCAACUUUAACCACAGGUUUGCUGGUGGUCAUUUGUAAUGACUAAAGCCAAUCCUGAGCAUUCUGUUGCUGAAAAUUAAUUUUCUAUUAACUUAAUUGCAAAUUCUUGAGACGGGGGAGAAGGGGGAAUCCACUGGAUCCAUUCCAUGGAUCUCUCCAUGCAAUGGAGCUGGAAGUGGUACUGCCAUAACACCAUGAUUUUUUCAACCACCAGUUGCACCCAGGACAUGUGUGACACUGUUUUCUUUUGGAAUCCAGUAAAUAUCAUUUCUAAAGGAACUCCAGGCAUGAACACAGACACACAUUGCAUGAAAUAAAAAUGGUUUCCUGUACUUUUGUGAAAUGUUGGUGCUGUUGGGUAGUACUUCACACAUUUCUGGUCUGUUUUUCCUUUUCUUGCUACUAUGUACCCUGGUGUUGUGGUUUCAGGUGCAAAAUAGAUUGAUUUUUUUUUUAAAAGCAGUAUCUGGUAAUUAGCUUAAUUUCUGCUUUUUAGUUCAGUUAUAGGUAUACAGAAUAAAGUAAUGGAAAAGCUGCAUUACUGAUUUGUGAAGCAAGCUAAAGCAUUUUUAAUGUAAAAUUCCAUAUUAGAAUACACUCCAGCCCAAAAUGAUAACUUGAAAAUGUAACAAACUAAGUAAAUGCAUUAGAACCAUUUAAUUAUUUUAAAAAUGCAGGUUUAGCUUUGUAGCUUGGUUUGUUCAGUUUUUAGCAGAGGAAAAGCUUUUCUCACACUGAACACUGUGGGUUGGUGACAGCCCAGCACAGCAGUGGAAAUGCAGCAAUGGAGAUGGUCCUGGUCUUCUGCUGUCCUUACAAAUUCUUGUCUCCUCAUCUCACAUGGAAAAUAGCUUCAUGGUGGCAGCUAUUUCUGCAAGGGACAGCUUAGGAAGGCAUUGGGAAAUUCUGUAGAAAAAUAAUGUUCUUUGCAGUCUUUCAUCUGGAAACCCAUUCCAGCAGUGCUCUGUGCAACACCAGAGCACAUCCUCUCCUCUCCAGCCCCCUGUCAGGUCACCUCACAAAAAUAUUUUACUGUAGUUCUUUAAGCUUAAAAUGCAGUUGUCUGUUCAGAUUUGUUGUUUCAUUAUGGAGUGUGUCAGAUAAUCCCUCUUGCUUUAACAAGAAAAAAAAAGAAAAAAAGGUAUUUUAAAGUAGUCCAAAGGUAUGGUCAUAUAUUAUAUGGAUCAUGGGUUUAAGUGUACUCCAUUUUGGUUUCCACCAUGAACAUCUAAUUCCUGUAACAAUGUUGUAUGUUUAUUUAAAGUAUAUAUAUAUAUAUAAAUAUAUAUAUAUAAAUUAAAUGUCAGAUUUUUGCAUUAAUUAAGAUUUUUUAAAAUUUGAAUAUGAACUUUGAGUACUUUAUUUAAAAAAAAUUAAAAAUACUUUUCCUGGAG